AUGUGGAAGAGUUCUCCUGAUUUUCUCUCUAUCAUUCAGCAUCAAUGGAACAAGCAAUUUCAUGGCACAAAGAUGUAUGUGGUUGUUAACAAAUUGAAGCAAGUUAAGGGUGCUUUGAAGGAUCUGAAUAGAGUGGGUUUCUCUGAUAUUCAGGCUGCAGAUAUUAAGGCAUUUAAUGAUAUGAAUGCAGCUCAACAGGCUAUGCAUCUGAAUCCUUCUGAUGUAACUUUGGCUGAUCUGGAACUACAGGCUAUCAGUGAAUAUAGAUUAAAACAUCAGGCAUAUUUGGAUUUUUUGAGACAAAAAGCAAAGAUGGACUGGCUCAAAGCAGGUGAUGAAAACACUACUCUUUUUCACCAGAGCAUCAGACAGAGAAGAACUCUGAAUCAGAUUUAUAGUAUUUAUGAUAUGCAUGGCAAUUGGAAAGAAGAUUCUACUGAGGUGUCUAUGGCUUUCUCGGAGUAUUAUACUUCCUUAUUGGGUACUACUCAGACCAAUAGGAAAGCAGUUCUCAGUCAAGUGGUCCAGCUAGGUCCUCUCAUAAAUGAUCAACAUAGAGCAAUUCUGAAUGGUCCAUACACUGCAGAUGAAGUAAGGAAGGCUUUGUUCUCUAUUCCUGGGGUUAAAGCUCCAGGUCCAGAUGGUUUUGGUACCUUUUUCUUUAAAGAUUCCUGGAGUAUUGUUGGUGAUGAAGUGGUGGCUGCUGUUUUAGAUGUUCUACAGCAAAGGAAGCUUUUGAAAGAGCUUAAUCACACAGUGAUCACUCUUAUUCCUAAGAUUAAAUGUCCUAAUACAGUGAGUGAUUUUAGACCCAUUUCUUGCUGUAACACACUGUAUAAGUGUGUUACUAAGGUGCUGUGUAAUAGGCUUAGACAAAUCUUACCUGAUUUGAUCAUGGAAAAUCAGGGUGGUUUUGUUCAUGGAAGGCACAUUGUCCAUAACAUUAUGGUGGUGCAGGACUUAGUGAAGCAUUAUGGUAGGAAGGAUGUCAAACCUAGUUGCUUAAUGAAGAUUGACUUACAAAAAGCUUAUGAUACUGUGGAUUGGAAUUUCUUACAGGAGAUGUUGGAGCAAUUGGGUUUCCCUGAACAUUUUGUGCAUCUUGUGAUGGAGUGUGUCACCACUCCUAUGUUCUCCUUGAUGAUCAAUGGCACUAUGCAUGGGUUUUUUAAAUCUCAGAGAGGGCUAAGACAAGGUGAUCCCAUGUCUCCUUUGCUCUUUGUCAUUUGCAUGGAAUAUUUGUCCAGAGUUCUGCACAGCAUGAGCUUGCUGCCUUUGUUCCAGUAUCAUCCAAGGUGUAAAGCUGUAAAGCUCACUCAUCUCUGCUUUGCAGAUGAUCUGAUCUUGUGCUGCAAAGGUGAUUUUGCUUCUAUCUAUCUGUUGCUACAGGCUUUCAAGCUAUUCUCUGAUACUUCUGGUUUACAGCCUAACAAACAGAAAUCUUCUAUCUAUUGCUAUGGGAUGUCUGAUUCUGAUAUUAAUAGGGUAGAAUUGGUUUCUGGUUUUACCAGAAGUGUUUUGCCUUUCAAGUACUUAGGGGUACCAAUUUGUUCUAAGAAAAUCACCACAGCUCAGUGUGAUAUGUUGGUGGACAAGAUGAUUGCAAGAAUUAAAGUUUGGAGCUCCAGGAAUCUCUCAUACUCAGCUAGAAUGCAACUGAUCAAUUCAGUCUUAUUGAGUUUGCAUAUGUAUUGGGCCCAGGUGUAUGUGCUCCCUAAGCAAGUUUUAUAUGAGAUUAAUAAGAUCUGCAGGUCUUUUCUUUGGAGUGGCAAAGCUUACAACACAAAACCAAGUAAUAUCUCUUUGGCACAGUCUUGCUGUCACAAGAAAGAGGGUGGUUUAGGCUUCAGAGAUGUUGUUAAGUGGAACAUUGCACUGAUGGGCAAAUAUGUGUGGGCUGUUGCUUCCAAACAGGAUAAUGUUUGGAUUAAGUGGGUCAAUGCUGUAUAUGUUAAAGAUGGGGUUUGGUGGGAUUACCAGCCUAAUGCUUCAGCCAGCUGGUAUUGGAGGAAAGUUUGUGAAACUAAGGAGAUUUUAAAGCAAUAUUACUCUCAGAAUGAGUUUAGUACUAUUGCUCAGUACUCAGUUAAAGUGGUAUAUGAGAAAUUAAUUGAGGCUAGACCUUUGGUCACCUGGGACAUGUUAGUUUGGAAUAGGCUAAAUGUUCCAAGACAUAGAUUUAUUUGCUGGAUGGCUGUUCAAGCUAGGCUUCAAACCACAGCAAAGCUUGCUAGAAUUGGUGUUAGUGUGUCCCCACUGUGUUUAUUGUGUGGACAACAGGAUGAGGAUCAUAAUCAUUUGUUCUUCUCUUGCUCCUACAGUCAGCAAUGCCUUAAUGAUAUUAGAAGCUGGAUGAGUAUCCCUGGUGUUUCUUCUGAUCUUCAGCAGAUCACAAGGGGGAUUGAUCAUAGCAGGCAUUCUCAUUUCAAGAAGCAAGUCUGGUAUGCAGGCCUUGCAGCAAUUGUCUAUGUAGUUUGGCAGUGCAGAAAUGGUAGCUUUUGGGAUAAGUAUGUUCCUACAGUGCAGAAUUCUGUAAAGAGCAUUAAGCAUGCUGUGAGAGAUAGAAUCAAAGUUGUAAUGCCUAAGAAGGUUAGUAGAAGGGAUUGUACUUGGUUUUUGGCUCUGUUCCAGUACCGACGAGACACCGCCGGGUUAAACCGCCGUUUGGAUCUUGGCGCCGCUCCAGAUCACCCCCUCCAUGUACCCUUUGGCGAACCUGGGGGUCCUGUUCUCCAGCAAAUCCGCGAGUUCGAUCCAUUACCGAACCAACCCCGUUCUAACCCGAGUUGGCUUCCCCCGCCUCUAACUCAACCAUCUUCUGCAGGUAUAUCGGCAGCAGUUGUCACCUCGACGGCCGCCCGGGUAACCCCACCUCAGGUCGGCAUGACGACAUCCACCAUGGUGACGGCCCCCGCCUCCACUCCGGCGUCUCGUCCGCUGCCUCCCCCAAUGGUGACCGCGUCAAUGCCCCUGCCCGUUACGCUUCCGGCACAAGGACCAACGCCAGCGAUUCAAAUGCCAUGGGAUCAACUCUUCUCUCAACAAGUCGUCCAACCUGUCGUCAACCUGGUCACCUCGACACCAGGGGCACCUCCCCAGUUGAUGACGGCCCCUUUAGCUAACCAGGCGCCGCAAGCAGCGUUCCCCAAUGCCAACGCCCAAAUGCACCCCGACUCUUCUCGAAACUAUUCUCCAUACACUCCUCUUAACAGGUCAGUCGUUCCGGUCAGUCACGGUUUCGUAACUCCUUUCCCUUAUGUUGCAGGUACCCACGCUACUCAAGGAACGCCCCCUUACAUGCAACAAGUGGUGCCACAGUUCACUCCUCACCAACCUUAA